GGCACCCCAGGAAGGCCCCCCACGCCCCAAGCCCGGAUCCCAGCCAUGGAGCCCUUAAAGAACCUCUUCCUCAAGAGCCCGCUGGGGUCCUGGAACACUGGGGGCGGCGGGGGCGGCCCCGGCUGGCCCGAGGGGUCCCCGAAGGUGGCGACGGCGGCCUAUGCCAACCCCGUGUGGACAGCCCUGUUCGACUACGAGCCCAAUGGGCAGGACGAGCUGGCCCUGCGGAAGGGGGACCGUGUGGAGGUGCUGUCCCGGGAUGCGGCGAUCUCGGGCGACGAGGGCUGGUGGGCGGGCCAGGUGGGUGGCCAAGUGGGCAUCUUCCCGUCCAACUAUGUGUCCCGGGGCGGCCCGCCCCCCUGCGAGGUGGCCAGCUUCCAGGAGCUGCGGCUCGAGGAGGUGAUCGGCAUCGGGGGCUUCGGCAAAGUCUACCGGGGCAGCUGGCGGGGCGAGCUGGUGGCCGUGAAGGCGGCUCGCCAAGACCCCGACGAGGACAUCAGCGUGACAGCCGAAAGUGUGCGGCAGGAGGCCCGGCUCUUCGCCAUGCUGGCGCACCCCAACAUCAUCGCCCUCAAGGCUGUGUGCCUGGAGGAGCCCAACCUGUGCCUGGUGAUGGAGUACGCGGCCGGGGGCCCCCUCAGCCGGGCCCUGGCUGGACGCCGUGUGCCCCCCCACGUGCUGGUCAACUGGGCUGUGCAGAUUGCCCGUGGGAUGCAUUACUUGCACUGUGAGGCCCUGGUGCCCGUCAUCCACCGAGACCUCAAGUCCAACAACAUUCUGCUGCUUCAGCCCAUUGAAGGAGACGACAUGGAGCACAAGACCCUGAAGAUCACCGACUUCGGCCUGGCCCGUGAGUGGCACAAGACCACACAGAUGAGUGCCGCAGGCACCUAUGCCUGGAUGGCUCCUGAGGUGAUCAAGGCCUCCACCUUCUCCAAGGGCAGCGAUGUCUGGAGCUUUGGGGUGCUGCUGUGGGAGCUGCUGACUGGAGAGGUCCCCUAUCGGGGCAUCGACUGCCUUGCUGUGGCCUACGGCGUCGCCGUGAACAAACUCACGCUGCCCAUCCCUUCCACCUGCCCGGAGCCCUUCGCACAACUCAUGGCCGACUGCUGGGCCCAGGACCCCCAUCGCAGACCCGACUUCGCCUCCAUCCUGCAGCAGCUGGAGGCCAUCGAGGCCCAGGUCCAGCGGGAAAUGCCCAGGGAUUCCUUCCACUCCAUGCAGGAGGGCUGGAAGAGAGAGAUCCAAAGCCUCUUCGACGAGCUGCGGGCCAAGGAAAAGGAAUUGCUGAGCCGGGAGGAGGAGCUGACCCGGGCGGCGCGGGAGCAGCGUUCCCAGGCGGAGCAGCUGCGGCGCCGCGAGCACCUGCUGGCGCAAUGGGAGCUGGAGGUGUUCGAGCGCGAACUGACGCUCCUGCUGCAGCAGGUGGACCGCGAGCGGCCGCAUGUGCGCAGGCGCCGCGGCACCUUCAAACGCAGCAAACUGCGCGCGCGGGACGGCGGCGAGCGCAUCAGCAUGCCACUGGACUUCAAACACCGCAUCACUGUGCAGGCCUCACCCGGCCUAGAUCGGAGGAGAAACGUCUUCGAGGUUGGGGCAGGAGACUCGCCUACUUUCCCCAGGUUCAGAGCCAUCCAGUUGGAGCCUGCAGAACCCGGCCAGACCUGGGGCCGCCAAUCUCCCCGGCGUUUGGAGGACUCAAGCAAUGGGGAACGUCGAGCCUGCUGGGCCUGGGGUCCCAGUUCCCCCAAGCCUGGUGAAGCCCAGAAUGGGAGGAGACGGUCCCGCAUGGAGGAGGCCACGUGGUACCUGGAUGAUGACUCGUCUCCUCUGGGAUCUCCUUCCACACCCCCGACUCUCAACGGUAACCCCCCUCGACCAAGCCCAGAACCAGAGGAGCCCCGGCGCUCAGGCUCCAGCGAGCGGGGCAGCGGGUCUGGGACCCCGAGACUGUUCCAGCGGGCGCUGCUGCGGGGAACCGCCCUGCUGGCCUCUCUGGGCCUGGGCCGAGACCUGCAGUCACCCGGGGUGCGCGGGGAGCCCGUGGCCACACCACCCACACCUCCAACCCCCGCUUCCCCAGCCGAGCCACCUCCUUCCCCACUCAUCCGCUUCUCACCAAAGAGGCCUGAAGCCCCCACCUCACCUUUGGGCCCAGAUGCCCCCCGCCCACGCACCCCAGUCCCGCUGCUCCUGGAGCUGGGUGUCUCCACCGGCCAGCCAUCCGCCAAGAGCCCACGACGCGAGGACGAGAGGCGGGGAAGUGCUGUCUGCCCACCUCCCGGGAUAUCCCGCUCAGCUCCAGGCACCCCGGGCACUCCACGUUCUCCACCCCUGGGCCUCAUCAGCCGGCCACGACCCUCACCCCUGCGCAGCCGCAUCGACCCUUGGAGCUUCGUGUCUGCUGGGCCCCGGCCUUCACCCCUGCCCUCUCCACAGCCAGCCCCACGCCGGGCACCCUGGACCUUGUUCCCAGACUCGGACCCCUUCUGGGACUCCCCGUCUACCAACCCCUUUCGAGGGGGCCCUCAGGACUGCAGGGUGCAGACCACCAAAGACACGGGUGCCCAGGCCCCAUGGACACCGGAGGCAGGGCCCUGAGCCGCCACGUACACUGGAACCCCAGCAGGCCAGCACCCUGCUGCCUUGGUGUCCCCAGGAGCAGGAACACUACACUGCACAGGAAGCCUUCACACUGGAGGGGGGCUGAACCCCCCCAACUCACCUGCAACCUGUGGGUCCCUCCUGACCUCCCUGCCCCACUGCGGGGCCCACACUGUGCCCAGCUGGUUGGGAGGACCAGAGCCAGUCUCAGGGAACAGUCCCCGCGGGGACAGGGGAUGCCUCAGCUGUCACCAGCACUUGGGACCAAGUCCUGUCCUGUGACUCCUGCCCCCAGCUUUGCGCCUGGGUCCCCUCAGCCCCUUGCCGAGGUGCUCUGGGGUCCCGGCGCUCUGGUGGCCUUCCUGUUACCCCGGCCAGGCUUGAGCCUCGCCCUCAGGAUCCAAUGAAGCCAAAUAAACUCAGAAGCUCACUCCCCAA